UCACUGCAGCAGGUAAACACACGUAUUGUUUCUGUUCAGGCAACUUUUUUAACAGUCAGCAUCACUAAGAGGUAGAAUGGCGCAGCAAGGAAAUCCUCUGGACCAGGAGAGAAUCUCCUGUUCCCUCUGUCUGGACCUCCUGAAGGGCCCGGUGACUAUUCCCUGUGGACACAGCUACUGCAUGAGCUGUAUUAACACCCACUGGGAUAAAGAGGAUGAGAAGAACCUCCACAGCUGCCCUCAGUGUAGGCGGAUCUUUGCCCCGAGGCCUGUCCUGGUGAAGUGCACCAUGUUAGCAGAUCUGGUGGAGCAGCUGAAGAAGAGUGGACUCCAAGCUGCUCCUGCCAAUCACUGCUAUGCUGGACCUGAAGAUGUGGCCUGUGAUUUCUGCACUGGGAGGAAGCUGAAAGCCGUCAAGUCCUGUCUGGUGUGUCUGGCUUCUUACUGUGAGAAACACCUUCAGCCUCAUUAUGAGUCCCGGACAUUUGAGAAACACAAGCUGGUGGACCCCUCCAAAGAGCUCCAGGAGAACAUCUGCUCUCUUCAUGGUGAGGUGAUGAAGAUCUUCUGUCGUACUGAUCAGCAGAGCAUCUGUUAUCUUUGCUUAAUGGAUAAACAUAAAGACCACGACACGGUCUCAGCUGCAGCAGAAAGGUCUGAGAGGCAGAAAGAGCUGGAGGUGAGUCGACUCAACAUCCAGCAGAGAAUCCAGGACAGAGAGAAAGGUGUGAAGCUGCUUCAACAGGAGGAGGAGAAAAUCAAUCUCUCUGCUGAUAAAGCAGUAGAGGACAAUGAGAAGAUCUUCUCCCAGCUGAUCUGUCUCAUAGAGGAAAGAAACUCUGAUGUGAAGCAGCAGGUCAGAUCCCAGCAGAGAGCUGAAGUGAGUCGAGUCAAAGAUCUUCAGGAGAAGCUACAGCAGGAGAUCUCAGAGCUGAAGAGAAGCGACGCUGAGCUGCAGGAGCUCUCACACACAAAAGACCUCAACCAGUUCCUCCAGAACUACCCCUCAGUGUCCCCCCUCAGUGAGUCUACAGAGUCGUCCAGCAUCAAGAUCCGUCCUCUGAGCUGCUUUGAGGACGUUACAGCAGCUGUGUCAGAAGUUAGAGACAAACUGGAGGACGUCCUCAGAGAGAAAAGAUCAAACGUCUUACUGACAGGGACUGACCUGGAUGUUUUACUGUCAGAACCACAACCAAAGACAAGAGCUGAAUUCUUACAGUAUUCAUCCAAAAUCACACUGGAUCCAAUCACAGCCGACGCUUGUUUGUCAUUAUCUAAAGGAAACAAAAAAGUAACAUUCAAUGGAACACCAAAUGAUGAAAAACAGCCCGAAAGAUUCACUGAUAGAUUUCAGGUCCUGAGCAGAGAGAGUCUGACUGGACGUUGCUACUGGGAGGUUGAGAAAGGCAAGGGUGGAAUUAAUAUUGUAGUAGCAUACAAACAACAUAAAACAGUAAAUGAAAAAACUGCAGGUCGUCAAAAGUCUUGGGCAUUGGGUAUUUUCAAGGAUCGUUAUAAUUUUAAACAUAACAAAGUCCAAACCCCUGUCUCAGGUCCUCGGUCCUCCAGAGUAGGAGUCUACCUGGACUACAGAGCAGGUGUUCUGUCCUUCUUCAGCAUCACUGAAACCAUGACGCUCCUCCACAGGGUCCAGACGACGUUCACUCAGCCUCUCUAUGCUGGACUUCAUCUUUUCCGUCCAACUGGAAACAGUGCUGAGCUGUGUAAGUUGUAGUUGGCAAAAAGGGAAAAAAGGGAACUACAAUUUUGGUUUUGUCUACAUCUUUAUUCAUACAUAAAAGGCUGUUUUUUGUAUCCUGUGUUUUACUUUGCCAUGGUGCCUGUGGCUGCUGACGCUAAGUACAUUGUUACCUAAGGAGCUUUGUACAACAAACGAUAGGAGAGGAAAGAUGAGGAUUUUCCCAGGAACAAGACUUGUAGAUUGAGUACUGAUAAUAAAAUGUAUUACACUGCAAAUAGUUCAUUUUCAUGGAAUUGAAGUAUGAAUAUAAUGCCUGAUGAAUUUUUGACUAAUUCUGCUGGUUUGAAAUAUUCCAUUGACAUAUUUUUUAUAUAUUCAGGAGUUUGGAAGAUGCACGAAAAUACAGAACUGUAAAAAAGGCUGAAAUAAGUUUUAAGAGCUGAAAUGAAUUUCCUGAAAAUUCCCUCAUGAAAAAACUGUUGAAGGCUAAAAUCAUUAAACUACAUUAUCUACUGGU